AUGACGAUGGAUACAUUAGCAUUACCCGGACAAGACUUUGAGCGUAUCCCUGUUGAUGUCUUGCAAACAAAAGCACACAUCACAUCACUGGAUCUCAGUUAUAAUAAUAUCAAAAAAGUAGAAAAUAUAGGUAAUUUAACAAAGUUAUCAACAUUGGUACUAGAUAAUAAUCAACUAGGAAGCAAGAAUGAUUUCCCAAGUUUACCAUCUUUAAAUAUUCUAUCUGUUAAUAAUAAUAAUAUUGAUGAUUUGAAAGUGUUUAUUGACUCGAUCAAAGAUAAAUUCCCAAACCUUACACAUUUAUCCCUUUUGAAAAAUCCAGCUUGUCCAAGUUAUUAUGUAUCAGGUACUGAUUAUAGUGAUUAUCAAAAAUAUAGAUAUUAUGUACUUUUCCAUUUAAAGAACUUAAAGUUUUUGGAUAUUUCACCAGUCAUGGCAGAUGAAGUCAAAGAGGCACAAAGACAAGGUCUUUAUUCAUUGGUUGCAAGACCAGUUUCACAAGAUGCUCUUCCCGAAGAAGAGGAAGAACAUUUCAAUGGAUUAUCACAGGAAUUGACACAAGAAGGUAAAGGAAAGGCUGGAUUUUCUGUUUCAAACUAUGUCUACUAUGGAAAACAAUCAGAAGGAAAUAGAUUUAUUAUGAAUGAUGAUUUAUAA